AUGUCGGACGCAACAACGAGCCCCGAUUCUGCAAGACAACGCAAAACCCAAGGCGCCGCCGCCUCUACCUCGGACCCUCCCUCGCAUACCCGUAAGAGUGCUACCCAUGCUGAUGGGCCUAUGCACGCUGCUACAAGAGAUGGUAUAGAGAAAAGGAAAAAUGAAGGUGCAGGGGGUAUAGCAACUGCAGUUGCACAUGCAACUCUCCCUGCAUGGGUGAACAUUGCUUUGAUGUUGGGGUUGAUAUUUGGUGGAUGCUGCGCGAAUGUAUUUACAUUGGAAGCACUUGUAACUGACAUGCCUAAUGCUGGUGCACUUGUGACAUUCACCCAGUUUGCAAUCACUUCACUCUUCACUCUCCCAAACGUCAUCUCCUUUUCUUCUGGAAAGGGACCAUUAUUCUUCAAAAAACGAGCUGUGCCUAUUGUGAAGUGGGCCAUUUUCACAGCAUUUUUUAUGACUGUGAACCUUAUGAACAACUCGGCGUUUUUGUUCAAAAUAUCUGUACCUUUGCAUAUCAUUAUUCGAAGCGGUGGACCAGUGACAUCCAUGAUCAUUGGAUACUUGUAUAACUCAAAGAGAUAUACACGUGUACAGGUUGCUGCAGUCUGCUUACUUUCAGUCGGAGUUGUCACUGCUGCCCUUGCAGAUGCCAGUGCAAAGGGUAAAUCAACAAAAGCCGACUUAAAUGCCACCGAAACUGCUUCAAUCAGAACCCUAAUUGGGUUUACAGUCCUAGGGCUGGCUAUGGUUCUUGCGGCAUUCCAAGGCGUUUAUGCUGAUCGACUCUUCCAAACGUAUGGAAGGGAAAGCUGGCGUGAGGGCCUAUUCUACUCUCAUGCCCUUUCUCUAUUAUUUCUGCUGCCUACAUCUGGGCAGUUUAUCCCGCAGAUUCGCAAUCUGCUCUCCUCGCCAUCGAUCCUGGGCUCCUCGGCCAAUCCUAUUGCCAAUUCCAGCCUUCCCACACCUCUCGUUAUACUUCUUACCAAUCCCUUUUUUCACUCUAUUCUCUCCCAUAUUCCUCUCAAAUUACUUUACCUUCUCCUCAAUGCAUUAACUCAAUUUUUAUGUAUACGUGGCGUUUACCUUCUGAGUGCGAAAUCGUCUUCAUUGACUGUCACUGUCGUCCUCAACAUCCGCAAGCUAGUGAGCUUGGUUUUGAGUGUAUAUUUAUUUGGCAAUCAUCUAUCAAGUGGCGUUAUGACGGGCGCAGGUGUAGUGUUUGUUGCUGGUGGUAUAUAUGCGUGGGAGGGAGCAAGACUAAGGAAAACGCAGGAAAUAGGCACAGCGAAAAAGAAAAGCUAA